GGGUCAGAACAGACCCCUGUGGUGGAGGGCCUCCCUCCAAGGUGGCAGAAUGACAGUGUGUGGUCUCUUGGUUUUCCUCUUGAAUGGCUGUCGUGGCCUCCUCCCUGGUUCCCAUAGGUGAGUCCAGGGCCUCUGGUGCCUCCCGCCCCUCAGCACACUCUGUGCACCGCCCUUCCCUCUCCUUCCUCCAGGCCCUCUCCACCAAGGGCCUGGGCACCAUGGCAACGGUGAUGCACAUCCAGGAAUUCACCCCACACUCGCUCCACACUCCACGACUCCCCCCACCCUGGCCUCACCUUCCUGCUCAGUGUGACCAGUACCGCAAGGGCAUCAUCUCAGGCUCCAUCUGCCAGGACCUGUGCAACCUGCACCAGGUGGAGUGGAGGACCUGCCUCUCCUCUGUCCCGGGCCAGCAGGUGUACAGCGGGCUCUGGCAGGGCAAGGAGGUGACCAUCAAGUGUGGCAUUGAGGAGAGCCUGGACUCGAAGGCUGGGGCAGACAUGGCCCCCCGGCGGGAGCUGGUGCUGUUUGACAAGCCCACCCGGGGCACCUCGAUUAAGGAGUUCCAGGAGAUGACCCUCAGCUUUCUCAAGGCAAACCUGGGAGACCUGCCCUCCCUGCCCGCACUGGUCGGACAGGUCCUGCUCAUGGCCGACUUCAACAAGGACCAUAGGGUGUCCCUGGCCGAGGCCAAGUCAGUGUGGGCCCUGCUGCAGCGGAACGAGUUCCUGCUGCUGCUGUCCCUGCAGGAGAAGGAGCACACCUCCCGGCUGCUGGGCUACUGCGGGGACCUGUACAUCACCGAGGGGGUCCCGCACAGCUCCUGGCCCGGGGCUGCGCUCCCGCCCCUGCUGCGCCCGCUGCUGCCACCCGCCCUGCACGGGGCCCUGCAGCAGUGGCUGGGGCCCGCGUGGCCCUGGCGCGCCAAGAUUGCCAUCGGCCUGCUGGAGUUCGUGGAGGAGCUCUUCCACGGCGCCUACGGGACCUUCUACAUGUGCGAGACCACGCUCGCCAACGUGGGCUACACAGCCAAGUACGACUUCAGGAUGGCUGACCUGCAGCAGGUGGCGCCCGAGGCCGCCGUGCGCCGCUUCCUGCGGGGCCGCCACUGCGAGCACAGCGCGGACUGCACCUACGGGCGCGACUGCAGGGCGCCCUGCGACACGCUCCUGCGGCAGUGCAAGGGCGACCUGGUGCAGCCCAACCUGGCCAAGGUGUGCGAGCUGCUGCGGGACUACCUGCUGCCCGGCGCCCCUGGCGGCCUGCGCGCGGAGCUGGGCAAGCAGCUGCGCACGUGCGCCACGCUGAGCGGGCUGGCCAGCCAGGUGGAGGCACACCACUCGCUGGUGCUGAGCCACCUCAAGACCCUGCUCUGGAGGGAGAUCUCCAACACCAAGUACGCCUGAUGGCCGGCCAGGCGCCCCCGCUCUGCCCCCUCCCCGCCACCAAGGGACGGCGCUGCUCCAGGGCCCAGAGCCUACGGGCAGCCGUGGGGUUCCUGCCCCUACCCCCGCCACCGCCAGGGUUUUCUAGGCUCCCAGACAGGACUGUUCAGCUGGAACAGGAGGGGAAGGACCUAGAGCCUGAGCACCAAGGGCUGGCCGAGGGACCUGCCUAGACCAAGGUUUUGUUACUUUGGAGAACAUGUGUGUAAAUAAAUAGAUUUU